AUGAGCAAGGUUCAAUUCAUGGAUCAAUUAUUAAGGGAUUUCAGAGAAGUCAGUGCUGUUCAAAAUAAGUCAUCUGUUAAUGAGUCCUUUUUGAAAGAGGAAAGCACUGGCCCAUAAAUAAUACUAACUAAUAAUAAGAAUCGAUUGAAGUUAAAGGAAUACAGCAAAAAGCUAAGCCAUUACAAAUAAGAAAUGGUUAACAUAUCAAAUCAGAUUGAUUUGGAAUAUGCAAGGUUCAAAGAAUCCAAAAUAUCUAUGGCCACAAUCAUAACAAGAGAGAUUAAUAAAUUAUAAAAACAAGAUGAAGAUUAAAUUAAGGAAAUGUUAACUUUUGUAAGAAAAUUGAUAGAAUUCAAUCAGAAGAUUACACUUGAAAUUGAAAAUGUGUUUGAAAAGUAUUAUUACUCAAUAUCAAUUUAGUCAAUAAACCGUGUCUGUUUAAGAGGUAGAGGCUGCUGCUCAAGUGUUCUAAGAAGUAGAACAAUAAGUGCUCGCUUUGAAAGAGAAGAGAUUAGAUCUUGGGUCUAUGGACUUUAAGCUAUUGUCCAUGAGUGAGUAUAAUAGAAUGACCCUACAAUUACAGGAAUAGAAACUUAAUUCCUACGAAUAAUAAAAUAAUCUAUUUAAAAAUGAGUAGAAGAUUAAUUUGAUGUUGAGUCAAUAAUUAGAAGAAAAAAAUUAAAUCAUACAAUAGUUACAGAACAAUUCUUCAUGGGAAUAAUGGAGAGAUCUUGAAUAGUUGAUAUUCAAUCAAUUAGAGAGGUUUCGAAUUCCUUAACCUAAAUCAAAUGGAAAUUUAUUUAAUUAUGUAUUCGAUCAUUUGGAUUAAAUGCUUUAUAAUCAAGAAUGUGAAAUUAAAGACUUACAAAAUUAGAUUUUCAAAUAUUAGAAAGAAAUUGAUGAAAUAAAAUAGGAAAACGAAAUUAUUAUUAAGGAAAAUAAACAGAUCUAAAACUAAGUCAAAUAAAGAAUCGAUGAGAAGCAUCACGAAAAGUUGCAACUCUAAGAUGAAAUGAAGAAUAUUCUCAAUAACAGCAUUGAAAUUGAAAAAGAAAAUUAAGUAUACAACAAUCAAUUGCAAAUGUAUACUCAUCAAAUUAAACAACUCCAAAAGAGCAAUACGAAUUUGUAUAAGGAAUUACAGAAAUAUAAGAAUGAUGUUGAUGAACUAAAUGACAUCAGAAUUAAAUUAGAGGAUCAAUGCGAAAAACAUUUAUCAAUCAUUGAAAGACUCAAUAAAUAAAAUAAUGAAUUAGAAUCAAUCUUGUACUAGUCCAAAAAUGAUGAAAGUGAUGAAAUCAAAUAAUACAUUCAAUUAUCCAAAUCUCAAUCAAGUAGGAUUUAACAAUUAGAAACUGAAUUAAAUUCUACUUAAUUGUAGCAUUCAAAACUAUAAGAUUAAUAAAAGGAAUAAGAUGAUUUGUUGAAAUAAUUAAGAGAUUAAGUUUAAGAUCUUCAAAAAUAAAUUAGCUGUCAAGAAACAGAAAUUAAGAAAUAAUUAAAGUUAAAUGAUGUAUUAUAAAAAUAAUUGAAAGAAAGUUAUGAACUUAGUAAUACGUAAAAUUCUGAACUAAGAGAAAUUGAUGAGGAAAUUAAAUAUUAAAUAAAAUACAAUGAAAUAUAAAAAGAAUAUAAAGAAUAUAAAGUGUAAACAGAAAACAGAUUAAAAAAAGUACUAACAUAGUCUUAAGAAUUAUAAUAAAAAGUUUAGAUAUAAGAAUAGGAAAAACUGUUGGAGAGUCAUAAAAUGAUUGAAAAAGAAACAACUCUGAAGAGUGAGAAUCAAAUUUUAAAUCAAAAACUCGAUUUGCUAUAAGAGUAAUUGAAAUAGUAGGAAAUUAAUUAUCUGAAUGAAAUUAAAGUUACCAAACUAGCAUUAGAUUAAACAUAGUUAUAAUAUCAAUAACAAAAUUAAUUAUUUGACAAGUUAAAACUUUAAGCCUCUCAAUUAGAAUAAGUAAUUAUUAUUUUAAUUUUAGGCUGUGUUGGAAAAAGAAGCUCUGAUUUAGGAACUUUAAUAAGAAUUAGACAGUAAUUCAGCUUAAUAUGAAUAAUAAGUCAAUGAAGUCCAAUUAGAAUACAAUUCAAUUAUUGAAGUAAGAUAGUUAUAAUAAACUUAGGAAAAAUAAUCGCAAAAUUAAUAACUUUAAUAGACCGUUUCUAAUCAAAAGCAUGAGAUUAUGCUUUUAUAAAGAUAAAUUGAUUAGUUAGAAUUUUAGAAACAAUAGGACUUAUUAUAAUACAAAAUUGAAAAUGAUAAAAAGUCUCUUCAAUUUGCAAAAGAAUUAGAGUAGGUCAAGGACGUCUUAAAUUCCUCUAUGAGCUUUUAGUAAAUAAAAGAAAGUGAAAAAUCCUUUUAGAAAAAAAUGUAACAAGUGUAGGAAUCAUCAAAUAAAUCAAUAGUUCAAACAUAAUAAAAAUAUGAAUAAAUUAUUUAAGACUUAGUUUAAUAAUAUGAUAAAUAGAUAAAUUAUCUGCAAGACUAAUUAAACCUUUAGAAUAGGUUGGAUUAUUAAUAAACUCGCAAUAGUUAAAAACCUCCAAGAGCCUAACAUAAGAGUCCUAAUUGUUAUACAAACUCUCCAGCUUCCUCCAUAUAAUAAAGUUUCUAUAGAGAAGUGGCUAAAUUCUCAAAAGACUUAGAUGAUUCUUAAGAGUCAAAUACUCAAAAAAGGCCAACUGGGAUUAUUAAAAAAAACAAACAUAUAUUUAUUGAGGAUGAUAAUAAUACUAGUUAGGAAUAAGCUUCUUCCGUUUAAAACUAUAGCAGUUCUGGAAGAGUAUAAAUAACUGAUCACGCUGUUCAAACAGAGUAAUAAAAUGAAGAUAUUUUCCCUCCUUUCGAUCAUAGAAUAUGUUUAAGGUGUAAGAAAAAUGAUAUGAUUGCUCCAAACUUUUGUAAAUUCAAGGAAGUGAAUCAGUUUACAGACCUAAGCAAUGUAAUUCAUAUUAAUAUUCCAAUAGAGUUAAGGAAGUGCAAGUAGAUUAAAAUCUUCGAGAGUUUUAAAAGAACAUAUAUAUGGAAGUAAUUUAAGUUGGAGAUAAAGGGAAACUAAUUCAGUCACUAAGUCAAACUAUUUUUCAAUUGGAGAAAAGACUUCUUAAGGAGUGAAUACAAUUUUAAGUUUAGUAAAUAUUGAAAGUACUCAAUUCAAAAGAGCUUCUAGUUAAAGAAGAAAUAAACGAAACUCAGAAAGUUUGUCAAUCUCUUUUAGUUCUAAAAUGGAUACAAACAGAAGUAAUUAAUGA